UUUCUCUCUUUUCGCUUUCUCCUACUCCAUUACACCCCGCAACUUUCCCAUCAAAUCAGCGCAGGGGCAUUCAUGUACGGGACACAGAGUCAUUGGCAAUAAGGUUCUCCGGAAAAGUGAAAUUCAGUGUCCCCCCAUUUUGCGCUGCUAUUCCUCCAGUCUUUCCCCAAAGAAGCAAAGUCAGAAAGGACCUCACAAUCCGAUUUCUGAGUCCCGUACCCCCUCCCUGGCACUCCCAAUGAUCCACAGCCCUCCUCUCUUGGGUUUCUCCGCAUGUCUGCUUUCUGCAGCAGGGCACCCCUGCACAUCCCGGCUUGGAGAGGGUAGAGGCGGGUCCCUCAGUCUUUGCACCUGCCCUUAGGGCGGGGCGGGGAGCCGAGGGCCGCCCCCUUCAGGGCGGCUGCGGUGUAGCCGAAGCGUGCGGGGCUCCUGUCUGCCAGCCUGCCUGCCAGCCAGCUCCAAGCCUAGUCUCCUCCUCCCCUUUCCCCUGUGUCCUCCCUCCCCUGCCCACCAGAACGCACCUCUAGCUAGCGUCUCCCUCCAACCUGCCCUCUCUUCUCCCCUCCCCUCCCCCAAGCGCCCGCUUUGCCUAGCACUUCGUACUCUCUGGCCACGGUCUCCUGCCUCUGCAGCCUGGUCCCUCUCCGUCCCUUGCCAUGGAGCCAGCCACAGACAGCGAGCACGGCAGCCCCUCAGAGCCCGGAACCCUACAGCCCCCCGGGGGCAGCUCGCCCUUAGCCACCGGCUCCCAGCCUUACCCAGGCCGAGAGCCACCGCAGGAGGAGCGGCACCUCCGGAUCAGCGAAAGCGGCCAGUUUAGUGACGGGCUGGAGGAUAGAGGUUUACUAGAAAGCAGCACAAGACUAAAACCUCAUGAGGCUCAGAACUACAGAAAAAAGGCAUUAUGGGUAUCCUGGUUCUCUAUCAUUGUUACAUUGGCACUGGCAGUGGCUGCCUUUACUGUCUCCGUAAUGAGGUACAGCGCCUCUGCUUUUGGGUUUGCUUUUGAUGCCAUCCUGGAUGUUUUAUCAUCGGCGAUUGUUCUGUGGCGCUACAGCAAUGCAGCGGCUGUACAUUCUGCCCACAGGGAGUACAUAGCCUGUGUGAUCUUGGGGGUGAUAUUCCUUCUGUCAUCUGUAUGUAUAGUGGUCAAAGCCAUCCAUGACCUUUCAACAAGGUUGCUCCCAGAAGUGGAUGAUUUCCUGUUCAGUGUUUCCAUUUUAAGUGGGAUCCUAUGCAGUGUCUUGGCUGUGUUAAAGUUCAUGUUGGGAAAGGUUCUGACAAGCAGGGCUCUGAUAACGGAUGGCUUCAACUCACUUGUAGGUGGAGUGAUGGGAUUCUCCAUUCUUCUCAGUGCAGAAGUGUUCAAGCACAAUGCAUCUGUCUGGUACCUGGAUGGGAGUAUAGGAGUGCUGAUUGGCCUGACCAUAUUUGCCUAUGGAGUCAAAUUACUCAUCGACAUGGUGCCUCGAGUGAGGCAGACCCGCCAUUAUGAAAUGUUCGAAUGAAGGUAGCUGGUGGGGGCAGAGCCAGUGUCCCAUACCCUGCAUCAGUAGCAUGAGGACUCUCAAAAGUACAGGCAAAUGGUGCCAACAUUAUUUAAUGGAACAUCCAAUUUCUUUUUGGGUAAUUUUCUUUUGUAAAGUCUUCUGACAGGAAGUAGAUCCAUCAAAACAGAUAAGUCUGUGCACUGCUCAUUUCCUCAGUACCACAGGCUCCCUUUCCCUAUUGAAGUGCACCAUUGAACCAUGCACAGGAGGGAGAGAUGAGGUCUUGAUUUUCCAACCCUAACCAGUGGACACCUUUUCAUUCUCUAGAGUGAAAAUCUUUUCAUGGAUAGGAUAAGACCUCUACCUAGUAACUGAGGCUCAUUUCACAAGAGUUCUACAUAGGACUUAGGAGCUAUUUCCAUGCAGUGAGGCUAAGGGGACCCAUAGCUUUCUCCUACCCAGCUGAUCCCUUGAAAGACAUCCAAGUAUGGCCCUCUAAUUUCUAAUGUAUUUAAUUGGUUUCAUACUGUUUUACUAAUCUUAAAUCUUAACCAAUUAGUUUAAAAGAAGCUACUCUAUUUUUAAAGUAAUUAGUGACACGUGUAUGAGCUUUGCAUGGACCAAUCAAGCACAUGUUCCUUUUCAGUGACCUUAAGAACUUGAAAGCAAUGAUUAAAAUGGAUCCAUUUUUUUGAGAAGUAAAAACUGAAGUCUUUUAUUUGUAAAAAAAAAAAUAAAAAUAAAAAUUAUAUAUAUAAUCUAUAUGCAUAUAUCUAUAUGCCCUGUUAAAAAUGGUAAAUGGUAUAUGAUGGUAUGUUUGUGAUGAUAUACUCUUCUCUAAAGAGCAGGAUGUUUUCAGUUGUGCAAUUUGUUAGAUUAGUCUCUUCUGUAAAAAUGUUCAUCCAACACAAGGCAUUCUAUACCUCUAGCACUGUUGCUUCUUCAAAGUAAUGGUGUAUGAUCAAUAAAAAUGUCUAUUUUAUAUGGUAUGGAAAGAUAA